AAAAAACCAGCAAAAGAUUAUUAAAAAAGUGACUAUAUCAAUGAAACCACUACAAACAGAGAUUACAGAUAAAGAAGAUGGAUAUUGAAAGGACAGACCAGACAAUGCCUAAAUUAUUACGUGUCAUCGCGGCGAAGAGAUCACGUGUUCUGCCAAUUGUAGUGACAACUGAUUCUAAACCCCAACAGUUUGAAGUAUUAUCUGUUCCUGCUAAAAAAAUUACAACUCAUAUCGACCAAAAGAAACUCUCAGAAAAAAAAGUAACUUUGCAGGAACAUAGUCCUGUGGAAGUUACGAAAGAAAUAAAAGCAGAUAUUGUAAUUACGCCUGAAAUGAAUGUUGCCGCAGUCGAAGAUGCUCUAAAAGAUGUUGCUGAUGAAAAUAGAGUUUCCCAAGAUAUUCUGAAUGAUACAACAAGAACUUAUGUCGCUUGCCCGCAGAAAAAACCAGAAGGAAAAUUACAAAAACUUAUUCUUUGUAAAUGCGGUCUACCUUCUGAUUCGAAUGGUUGUUUGUGCUCGAUUGCCAAGUAUAUGAAAGACCGUGUGCCUUGUCCGCAGAAGAAGUUGGAAGAGGAACCGCAAAAAUCUGCCCUUUGUACGCGCGAAUUACUUUCUAAUUCGAAUAAUUAUUUAUAUUCCAUUGUCAAAUGCACAAAGUGCAAUAAUAUUAUUGAUAAUUGUCCUUGCAAAGACAAUAGAUUUGAACAAAACAAAAUUUACUGUCCAUAUUGUCGUUUAUCAACUAUGCAAUGUAUCUGUAUAUUAAAUCUAAAGAAUUGCUUGAAGACUGAUAAACCAAAAUUUCAUGAUACAUCACCUUCAAAGAUCAGCUCUCAAAUCUGCACAAAUUAUUGUAUAAAAAAGCGGAAAGAACGCAAGUGCAGAAAGACAACGACUUGUUGUCAUUCUUGCGAAGAAUGUAAAUGUAGAUGGUGUGCAACGCGCGGCGAUUUUUCAAGAAUUAUUGAUAAAUGCAAGUGUGCGUCACAAGAAAGGUGCAGUAACUGUGAUCAAUUAAGAAAUCAAUGUCACUGUGCUACAUUGACUUUAGUAAAGUGCCAUAAGAACAAAAAAACCGGUAAUCGCAAGAGGACAAUGAUUUGUCUAUACUGUGAUAACCCUCGAGACAAAUGCACAUGCAGAGCACCAAUCGGAAAGUGCUUGUAUUGCGGAUUGCCAUCAGAUGUUUGCAACUGUCAAGGUGACAAGGGUCACGUUUGGAUUGCUAAAAGACCGAAUGAGAAUCGAACGAUUUGCGUCACCAGUUGGAAACCGAAGAGGGAAAUCAGACAAUAUUUCGAAAGAAACUAUGAAGAUUUCGAGCCGUAUUUCACUGAGGAACAUCAGUGCUGCAAAAAGCCAAAGCGACAACUUCCUGAGGAACUACCUUAUCAACGGCUAAAUGUUUUCUCGGAAGUAAUAAAUGAACUGCAACAGAAAAUGUGCGAGUCCGUAUGCUGCGCACGAUGCUGGAGAAAUCCUUGUUGUUGUGGAUUGCCGGUCGAUCAAGAUAAGAGAAAGGAAGAAAGGAAAGCCGAAAAUCGUCUCAAUUAUGCCAAAAUAGAAAGGUCAUCUGACAGCAAGUCAUCAAAUAAUUAUCAGUAUAAUCGGAAUUCUAGAAACGAACGUAAAAGCACUGAAAAAUUGAUACCGAUUCGACAUAUUGGUUGCGUUUGUAAAUUAACACCGUGCAGAUACAAGAAAGACAGAUCCAAUUGUAAGAGACCGCUGGCAAAAUGUUAUUACUGCAAGAGUUUGCCUUGCACUUGCAUUACUGUAAAAUAACCGUGCAGGUACUUAUUCGAUGAUUCACUGAAUGAAAGCAAAGACAAAAAGAAUUUUACCAAUUCAAGAAAAUAAAUGAUGUUUAAUUACGUAAUACUUGCAAUCAAUGAUGAACCAAAUAACAAGUAAAUAUAACAGCGAUAUAUAGUUAUUGCAUAAAAUUCACGUAUUUAAAA